UGCUCCUUUCAACCAAUCAGCGGAACGGAACGGAGGGGCUCUUCGUCUCCUGCCUGGAAAAACGAAAAGUGAACUUUGUCCUGAGAAGGAGAAAUCAACAUUCCUGAAAAUGGAAAAAGAAGCAUCUGUUGAAGCUCCAAAAACUGCCCAAGAGACCAUCAUUAAAGAAGAGACCAUUACUCAAAGAAAAUGGGUGAAGCUUGACCAGACCACUUACGUUGAUCCAACUGGUCAAACAAGAAUAUGGGAAUCUGUAAAACGUACCACCAGAAAAGAAGGGGUUUCUGCUGAUGGCGUUGCGGUUAUUCCCGUGCUACAACGAACUCUCCACUAUGACUGUGUUGUCCUAGUGAAACAAUUUAGGCCUCCCAUAGGAGCCUGUUGCUUGGAAUUCCCUGCAGGUCUAAUUGAUAGCAACGAAACCCCCGAGACUGCUGCUUUACGUGAACUGGAAGAAGAAACAGGUUAUAAAGGGGACAUCCUUGAAUGUUCUCCAGCUUUAUGCUUAGACCCUGGGUUGACAAACUGUGCUUCACACAUUGCAACGGUCAUCAUCAAUGGAGAUCUCCCUGUCAAUCUGAAGCCGAAGCAAAAGCCUGAGGAAGGAGAAUUCGUGGAAGUUGUUACACUACCAAAGAAUGAUUUAAUGCAGAGAAUCGAAGAACUUGUGGCAGACCAACACCUGAUUGUGGAUGCCAAGCUCUAUGCUUAUGCACUCGCACUGAGGCACGCAACAGAUCAGCCGUUCCAAGUGCCGUUCAUGAAAUUCUAGGACUCUGCAGAACUUGGCGUGUUUGAGGGAGCUUCCGGAACGAAGGGCUCACCUAUGCAGGAGUCAAGAAGAGGAAUGUGACAGCUUCGUAAGGCAUCAAGUGAAUGCCUGGAAUAAUGUAAUCAUUUCCUGCAGAAAAAAAAUAAAUCACUUAAUUCAAGUUCUAUAUGGAAUUAAAUGGAAUGGUGGGCAGAAAAAUAAAUGCCUUCCUACCA